ACUUGGGAGCGGGAGAGGGCCGGGCCUCGGCGGCGCCGCCGCCGCUGCGGGUCACCCAGCCUUCCGCAGUGGGGGUGGGCGCCGGAGCGCGCAGGCCGGGGGAAGGGCCAGGCCCCGCCGCCUCGCUGGGCGAUGGAGUGAGGGAGCGAGGCUCGGCAGCGGGAAGAUGGCCGGUGGCGGCGGCGGCGGCGGCGGCGGCUGCAGAGACAGCUUGUUUCUGGAAGCUUUGGAUAGAUCACAGUCCAAGAGAGAUGGAGGUUUUAAAAAUAAUUGGAGCUUUGAUCAUGCAGAAGAAAGUGAAGGAGAUGCAGAGAAAGAUGAGGCAAAUCUGCUCAGCAUAGAUGACAGUGAUGGACCUUUCAGUCCCACUGAAGAACGAAAGUCACUUCGUUGUCGGCCUGGAGCUGUUGGCACCAGUGGGGAUUUCAUAAAAACAUAUGCAAGGCGAGGCAAAGCUGGAAGCUUGAGACUUUUUAAAGGGAACCCAAUUGGCCUGAACAUGAUAGGAAAUAGCAAGAAACUGAGUGAAAAUGCUCAGAAUAUGUCUUGUCCGGUAACUGUGGUACAUGGUAGACGUUUUCACCAUGCGCAUUCACAGACAGCAGUAGUAAAAACAGCAGCCCAAAGCAAUCUGGACCGAAAGGAAAGAAAAGAAUACCCUCCUCAGCUUCAGAAAGUAGAAUCAGACCACAUCAGGUUACCACGAUCUCAAGGAUUGGACAAUAUAAUGGAAAACACAGAAGAGUCAGAAUCAGAAUCGGAAUCUGAAAUUAAGAGAAAGGUGCAACAGAAACGUCAUUGCAAUUCAUAUCAAUCUGACUUGACUCUCUCUUCUGCUACAAAAAAAUGUUUAACUCAGUUAAAGCUUUUGGAGCAAAUUGAUUAUUCUACUGAUUGCCCAAAUUGUGGGCGAGCAAAUGAAAAUCAGACCAAAUGUCGACAUUGUGAAAGUGCUUCUCUGAAGGAUUUGCAAAGAGUCUCCAGACAAACUGUGACAUUAAAUGAAUCUGUGGGACCUUUAUCACGUUCUUCAAUUCAUCAGAAUUCAACAGGGCAAAAAUCUUCAGGUAUAGGGUUCAACACAAAGAAGUUUUAUAGUUCUGCUGCUGGGAAAGGUCCAACAGAUAUCCUACUGAGUAAUGAAGUUGUAGGACAUUCUAUGUUAAGACAGAAUGGGAAAGUUGGUCUUCUGAGCGGGACAAAAACUCCUAAAAUUACAGGAAGCUUAAGACAGAGGAGUACAAGACCAUCUGAACUAAAUGAUCCAAUUGUUUUGUCUAGUGAUGAUGAUGAGGAGGAUAGUGGCAGCACUAGGAGAAUGGAAAGCAUUUCACCUCGUCCUGCAGAUUCAGCCCGCUCCUCCCCAGCUCCUUCUACAGGAAAGGUGGAAGCAGCAUUAAAGGAAAACAGUUGUGGAAUAGAACAGAGAAUAGGUAGUAUAACAACAGAUACAGAAAUUGCAGUCACACUACCGAGAAAAGCAAGAAUGAAAGAUCAGUUUGGGAACAUUGUGUCUAACACUCCAAUAAAGCGUCGGAAAGUUAUUUCUCAAGAGAUUUUAACUGAGACUGUACCUCUAAAUUAUCAAAAUUCCUGUGAAAGUGUCAUUCUGAACUGUCGAAGUAUACGAAUAGGAACACUACGAAGAAUGGUAGUGGAACCUGUCAUUUUUUGCCUGGAUUAUAUCAAAAUACGCCUAGAAAGUCAAGAAGAAUCAGAAAGUGAUAUCAGAGAGAUUAACCUGAAAACUUCAGAGCUUACCAAAUGUGAAUGGUGUAGUGUCCGAAAAUUACCAGUAGUUUUCCUACAAACGGUACCAUCAACCUGUAGUAGCCUGCGAGACCAACUGAAAAUGAGCAAAGAUAAUGUCUGGUACGAAUGUAAAGGAGACAGUCAAGAAGAACAGUACAUUAUUUUGAUUUUUGAAACUGGUCUUGAUCCUCAUGCAAACUCAAUAUUUGAAAAAAUAAUUACUGACAUUGGUAUUAGAAAUAAUAUUUCUGAUUUCUUUGUGAAAAUUUCCUUUGAAGAAGCUAAUGGCCGGCUUGUUGCAUUUACAAAGUGCUUGGAAGACAGUUCCAAAGGAAGUCCAUCUCACAGAGAAAACAAAAUAAAAAAUGUUGCUUCUGAGUCCAAAAUGCAGCAGCGAAAUAAACAAUUACCGUAUUUUGAUGAUGAUGAAGAAAUUGGAGAACCACAUACAGUGUUUAUUGGUCCUAUAGAAAAGUUGAUAGUUUAUCCACCUCCUCCAGCUAAAGGUGGUAUUUCUGUGACCAAUGAAGACCUCCAUUGUCUAAAUGAAGGAGAAUUUUUAAACGAUGUUAUAAUUGAUUUUUAUUUAAAGUAUUUGGUACUUGAAAAACUGAAAAAGGAAGAUGCUGAUAGAAUACAUGUUUUCAGCUCGUUCUUCUAUAAACGCCUUAAUCAAAGAGAAAGAAGAAAUAUUCAUGAAACUUCAAACCUUUCAAUACAACAAAGACGACAUGGACGAGUAAAAACAUGGACACGGCAUGUUGACAUUUUUGAGAAAGAUUUCAUUUUUGUUCCCCUUAACGAAGCUGCCCACUGGUUUUUGGCAGUCAUCUGUUUUCCUGGUUUAGAAAAACCAAAAUAUGAACCAAAUCCCCAGUAUCAUGAAAAUGCUGCAACACAGAUAAAAUCUUCCUCUUCAGAUGGAGAGAGCAACACACCAUCUCCUUUGCCAAAUGAGUUGGAUGCACAAAACUCACCUUCCAAGUCCACAGCAAAGAAGACAUUGACCAAAAAGUACAAUACAGCUUUAAUUGACCCAAACACUGAAAUGGAGGACACUGAGGCUUCAUGUUGUAGAAGAAGUCCUUGUAGAGGAAAAAGUACUUUCAAAAAACUAAAUCAAAUAGACAAUGAUGUGGAAGAACCUAACACUGUGGAAUCAGCAUGCCAUAAACUAGACCAUAGGACUCCGGCCGAAAAUGGUAUACAGGGUGAAUUCACUACUGCUAGCCAAUCUAUGGAUGGAUUGCACAAAAUCAGGCUAAACUAUAGUGAAGACUCAGCUGAUGGCAGUAAACUAAAUGAAGAUGAGCUUAUAGAUUUUUCUGAAGACCAAGAUAACCAGGAAGACAGUAGUGAUGAUGGUGGCCUUGUGGAUGAUAACUAUAAUUCAGAAAUGGGACAAUGGCACCUGAAGCCUACUAUCUGCAAACAGCCCUGCAUUUUGCUUAUGGACUCACUGAGAGGCCCUUCCCGGUCAAAUGUUGUGAAAACACUAAGGGAAUAUUUAGAGGUGGAAUGGGAAGUCAGGAAAGGCAACAAAAGAAGCUUUUCCAAAGACGUCAUGAAAGGUUCCAAUCCAAAAGUGCCGCAACAGAACAACUACAGUGAUUGUGGAGUGUACAUACUGCAGUAUGUGGAGAGCUUUUUUGAGAACCCCAUUCUGAGUUUUGAGCUACCAAUGAACUUAACAGACUGGUUUCCACGCCCAAGAAUGAAAACCAAAAGAGAAGAAAUACGAAAAAUAAUCCUGAAGCUGCAGGAGCAGCAGACCAAGGAAAAGAAAGGACAAAAGGACCCAAAUUCAAUGGAAAGAUCUUUGCAGGAAAAAACAGAACAACUUAUCAAAAGCAGCUCAGACUGAGUGUUAUCUGUUGCAUGUUAGCUCCACAAUCAAAACUGAAGUAUAAAUUUUUGUCUGCCCAGACUAAAGAUUUGACAUAUUCUCUGCUCAAAGUUACUUGGAAAUGUUAAAUGCCUGUAUAAAUGUGUGUCAUAAAAUGAUUUAAUUCCCACAAAGAUGUGUAUUAAGUAAGCGAGUCUGUACAUAUGUUAAUGAGGCCAACUUUUUCAGCAUUUGUAAUUACUUUUUUUCCACUUGUUAGGGAGCUUUUGUUAUGUAUUUCUGUUAAUAGAACCUAAAUAGCAACCUCUAAACAUAAAGCAAAUAAAGAAAUAUUUAUAGGAUAAAAUGGUUAACUUUUUCUUUUUCAGUAAAGCUGUAAUGUUACAGGCUUAAGUAACACAUAGGGAAUGAUUUGGUAGUGAGAUAAUGAAUUCAUGUUUUGACCCUGUUUAGUUGCCCUUUACAAGAUUAUUUUGCUUGCGUUCAAAGACAAUAAUAUGGGUGUCUCGAUGUACUGUGGCCUCAGAGGGGGUGAUUCCCAUCCUCCCAGUAUCUUAAGUGUAGGCAGUGUCAUAGUUUAAUAGGACUGCUUCAGAUUUGGGGUUUUAAAAGUUGUGCAUUGCCAUUAAGAUUCCGCCCUUACUUUAGUGGGACAGGCUAGGGAAAGAGGAGAACGCUCUUUGACCAGAGAUGACUAUUCAAACAGUAUUAUAAAAGUGGUUUCAAUUUAAUGAUCUUGAGUGAUACUAUUAAAUCAUAUUUUGUGGAUCCCAGUUGUUGUACAGGUGUAUUUUGAGACUUUCUUCAUUAUAAAAUUGUAUUUUGGUAAGUGUACUUGGAAUAGCAGAUUGCCCACAUUACAUUUUCUAUGUUACAAUUCUGAAUGUUACAUUCAUAUGUGCUUUAUCUAAGUAAUGAACAUUGAAAAAGAAAGAAGUGUAUGAUUACUAUUUUUUGUAAUAUCCACACAAGAAAACCAAAAUACCAGUGUUCA